UGAGCAGGAAGGCGACCUCGGCUCAGCAGCCGGUGGGCGGUCGUGGUGGAGCGAGAGGAUCCGGACGCCGAGGCCGGGGGCAGGGGCCGGCCUGGGCUUGCAGGUCUCAAGUAGGGACUGCAGACUAAGCCAGAUGAGGCGGUUCCUGAGAACUGGGCACGACCCUGCCCGGGAGAGGCUAAAGCGGGACCUAUUCCAGUUUAACAAGACGGUGGAACAUGGCUUCCCACACCAGCCCAGUGCCCUCGGCUACAGCUCCUCACUGCGCAUCCUGGCCAUUGGCACCCGCUCCGGAGCCGUCAAGCUAUACGGUGCCCCCGGGGUAGAGUUCAUGGGGCUCCAUCGGGAGAACAAUGCUGUGAUGCAGAUCCACUUCCUGCCUGGCCAGUGCCAGCUGGUCACCCUGUUAGAUGACAACAGCCUGCACCUAUGGAACCUGAAGGUCAAGGGUGGCAUGUCAGAGCUUCAGGAAGAAGAGAGUUUCACUCUACGUGGCCCCCCGGGGGCUGCCCCCAGUGCCACGCAGAUCACCAUGGUUCUGCCUCACUCCUCCCAAGAGCUGCUCUACCUGGGCACAGAGAGUGGCAACGUGUUUGUGGUGCAGCUGCCAGGCUUCCGCACAUUGGACGACAGGACCAUCAGCUCAGAUUCAGUGCUGCAAUGGUUGCCAGAGGAGGCCCGUCAACGGCGAGUGUUCGAGAUGGUAGAGGCUCUGCAGGAACAUCCUCGUGACCCCAACCAGAUCCUCAUUGGCUACAGUCGGGGUCUUGUUGUCAUCUGGGACCUACAGGGCAGCCGUGUGCUCUACCAUUUCCUCAGCAAUCAGCAACUGGAGAACGUCAGUUGGCAGCGAGAUGGCCGCCUGAUUGUCACCUGCCACUCCGAUGGCAGUCAUUGCCAGUGGCCAGUGGCCAGUGUCUCCCAGCACAUAGAGCCCCUGCGCAGCUCCAUACCUUAUGGUCCCUUUCCUUGCAAAGCUAUUACCAAAAUCUUCUGGCUGACCACCAGGCAAGGGUUGCCCUUCACCAUCUUCCAGGGUGGCAUGCCACGUGCCAGUUAUGGGGACCGCCAUUGCAUCUCGGUGGUCCACAAUGGUCAGCAGACAGCCUUUGACUUCACCUCCCGUGUCAUUGACUUCACUGUCCUGACCGAGGCAGACCCUGCAGCUGCCUUUGAUGACCCCUUUGCCCUGGUGGUGCUAGCUGAGGAGGAACUGGUGGUGAUCGACCUGCAGGCAGCAGGCUGGCCACCAGUCCAGCUGCCUUACCUGGCCUCCCUGCACUGCUCGGCCAUCACCUGUUCCCACCACAUCUCCAACAUCCCCCUGAAACUGUGGGAGCGUGUCAUCACUGCAGGCGGCCGGCAAAACUUGCACUUUUCCACCAUGGAGUGGCCCAUCAAUGGUGGUACCAGCCUGGCCCCACCCCCACCCCAGAGGGACCUGCUGCUCACAGGGCAUGAGGAUGGUACCGUGCGGUUCUGGGAUGCCUCAGGUGUCUGCCUGCGGCUGCUGUACAAACUCAGCACAGUGAAGGUGUUCAUCACUGACACAGACCCCAACGAGAACCUCAGUGCCCAGGGUGAGGAUGAGUGGCCCCCACUCCGCAAGGUGGGCUCCUUCGACCCCUACAGUGAUGAUCCUCGACUGGGCAUCCAGAAAAUUUUCCUCUGUAAAUACAGUGGCUACCUGGCUGUGGCAGGCACAGCAGGGCAGGUGCUGGUGCUGGAACUGAACGACGAGGCGGCAGAGCAUGCUGUGGAGCACGUGGAGGCCGACCUGCUGCAGGACCAGGAGGGCUACCGCUGGAAGGGGCACGAGCGCCUUGCUGCCCGCCCAGGGCCUGUGUGCUUUGAGCCGGGCUUUCAGCCCUUUGUGUUGGUGCAGUGCCAGCCCCCUGCCGUGGUCACCUCCUUGGCUCUGCACUCCGAGUGGCGGCUUGUAGCCUUUGGUACCAGCCACGGCUUCGGCCUCUUUGACCACCAGCAGCGGCGGCAGGUCUUUGUCAAGUGCACACUGCACCCUAGUGACCAGCUAGCCAUGGAGGGCCCGCUGUCCCGUGUAAAGUCCCUCAAGAAGUCCCUGCGUCAGUCCUUCCGCCGGAUGCGCCGCAGUAGGGUGUCCAGCCGCAAGCGGAGGCCAGGUGGCUCCACAGGAGAGGCACAGGCUGUGAGCACCAAGGCAGAUCGGACAGGCCUGCAGAACAUGGAGUUGGCUCCCGUGCAGCGCAAGAUUGAAGCUCGCUCAGCUGAGGACUCCUUCACGGGCUUUGUUCGGACCCUCUACUUUGCUGAUACAUACCUAAGGGACAGCUCCCGCCACUGCCCCUCGCUGUGGGCUGGCACCAAUGGGGGCACCGUCUACGCCUUCUCUCUGCGUGUACCUCCUGCAGAGCGGAGAAUGGAUGAGCCAGUAAGGGCAGAGCAAGCCAAGGAGAUUCAAUUGAUGCACCGUGCACCUGUGGUGGGCAUCCUGGUGCUCGAUGGACGCAGUGUACCUCUUCCUGAACCCCUGGAAGUGGCCCAUGACCUGUCGAAGAGCCCAGACAUGCAGGGGAGCCACCAGUUACUUGUGGUGUCCGAGGAACAGUUCAAGGUUUUCACAUUGCCCAAGGUGAGCGCCAAGCUAAAGCUGAAGCUGACAGCCCUGGAGGGCUCACGGGUACGGCGGGUUGGUGUCGCACACUUUGGCAGCCGUCGGGCCGAGGACUACGGAGAGUACCACCUGGCGGUCCUCACCAACUUGGGUGACAUCCAGGUGGUCUCGCUGCCCCUGCUCAAGCCCCAGGUGCGAUACAGCUGCAUCCGCCGGGAAGAUGUUAGUGGCAUCGCCUCCUGUGUCUUCACCAAAUAUGGCCAAGGUUUCUACCUGAUCUCACCUUCGGAGUUCGAGCGCUUUUCUCUCUCCACCAAGUGGCUGGUUGAGCCCCAGUGUUUGGUGGAUUCAACCAAAACCAGGAACCACAGCCACCCCAGCAAUGGCAACAGCACGGGCCCCAAAAGGACCUCAGACCGAACCAGGAACUCAGGGAGCCAAAGUGAUGGAGAAGAUAAGCAGCCUGGCCCAGUAAUGGAGCAUGCACUGCUCAGUGACGAACGGGUCCUGAAGGAAAUCCAGAGCACACUAGAGGGGGACAGAGGGAGCUAUGGCAAUUGGCGGUCUCACCGGGUGGCCGCGGCGUGCACCCUCAGCAAUGGGGAAGCAGAGUGAACGGGACAGGCAUCCAGGCCGUGAAGUAAACACUACUGAGGGCCUUUCUGUGGGGCCUGCCCCAGCUGGAAAAGUCCGAGCCGGGCCAGGGCCUGCAAGCACCCUGGUCACCACCCUGUUGCUGCUCCUGGCCUCAGGAGAGGAGAAACCCUGCCCUGGGCUGCCCCUCCUGGGCCUUGUCUGUGGUCCUUUGUCAGUGUUGCACAGUUUUUAUCCCUCCGUCGUCGUCGUUGUCGUCCCCCCACCUUUUUUUUUGUAGUAGACUGGGUUUUAAAUUAUAAACUUUAACUGCCUCUAAGUGAAACAGUUUUUAAUAAACACCUUAUUACCUCUUCU